AUGGUUGCCGUAGACCACGUCCAACACCCCGAGCAUCUUUCUGCAGCUGCUGUCUCCGGAAUCGUAUUCGGAUGUUUCGUGUUUCUGGUAGGAAUGACGGCUGUAGUUUACAAAUGCUACCGCCGCCGAGUCAUGCAGAAUGCCCAGAAUCGUCUGUCCUCCGCUAUCAAGAAAGGUCUUCAGGAAAGCAACUCUGGAAGCUUCAAGAAGAGCAUGACAGUCCGCAACACAACUAAGGUCAUGAAGUCCAAAGGCACAAGUCCCAUCACGCCACCAGGAGGAGAGUCGGGUCUGGAUCGGGUUCCUAUAAUGGGAUUCUCAUCAGGUCAUUCACCAGAACAGGUUCACUGCGUUAAAGCGGAAAUGCAUGUUGAACAGGAGAAAGACGGUGCCACUCCGGAAAAAGAAGAUGCUUUGAGAGAUCGGAGUAUAGUAUCGCCAGAACGCCCGACCAAGCUGGGAAACCUAACCUUUUCUGUGGCCCACGAUGAGCAGAAGUGCGCGCUCAUUGUGACCAUAAUCAAAGCAGACGAUCUGCCACCCAGAGAUCCUAGCCUUGGUGGGUGUGACCCUUACGUGAAGCUACAGCUACUGCCGGAGAAGAAGCACAAGUGCAAAACUAGAGUCCUGCGCAAAACGUUAUCUCCAACGUACGACGAGACGUUCACCUUUUACGGCAUCACAGGCAACCAGAUCCCAACCACUACUCUACACUUUGUUGUUCUCAGCUUCGACAGAUUCUCCCGCGAUGAGAUCAUAGGGGAAGUCAUUUACCCGCUCUCUGAUACAGACAUCAACCAGAAAGAGACCACCGUUACCAGAGACAUCACUCCUCGUCAUUUAAAGUUUCGCAACCAAGGCCGCGGAGAACUGCUUGUAUCUCUGUGCUACCAGCCUGCAGCCAACAGACUUGGCGUGGUCGUCCUCAAGGCUAGAAAUCUGCCAAAGAUGGACAUAACAGGACUUUCAGAUCCCUACGUGAAGAUCUACCUUCUGUACAAUGGCCAGAGGAUUGCCAAAAAGAAGACUCAUGUCAAGAAAAGAACCCUGAAUCCAGUUUUCAAUGAGUCUUUUCUGUUUGAUGUACCCUACAAUGAGGGACUCCAGAAUAUUUCCCUUGAACUACUUGUCCUGGACUGGGACCGCAUGACCAAGAAUGAAGUCGUGGGCCGUCUGGAGAUCGGUUUAAAGUGUGAUGGCCAGGGAGCUAGUCACUGGAAUGAGGUCAUCAACUGUCCCAGAAAACAAAUAGCCGAAUGGCACAAACUCCAGGACUAA